AUGCCGACGUCGUUUGGAAAGCGCGCGCGUACGCGCAAUAAGUUUUCGAAGGCUUUCCGCCGCCACGGAAUGCCAGCCGUGUCUCGUUUGUUGGUGAUUCACAAGAAAGGAGACUACGUCGACAUUGUGUGCGACCCCUCCAUUCAGAAGGGCAUGCCCUACUCCUACUACCAUGGACGAACGGGGAUUGUCUUCAACGUCACGCAACGGGCUGUUGGCGUGGAAGUCAACAAGGUCGUCGGAAACCGUGUGAUUAAGAAGCGUAUCCAUGUUCGCCUGGAGCAUGUGCGCAAGUCCCGCUGCAACGAGCAGUUCCUUAGACGCGUGAAGGAGAACGACGCCGCCCAUCACGAGGCUCACUUGAAGGGCACCAGCAUCAAGACAAAGCGUCAAAUCGAGGGACCCAAGCCCGGCUGCUUCGUGACUGGCCCAAUGGAAGUCCUCGAGGCUGCGCCCUUCGUUGAGUCCUACUGA